GACUUUCGCACGUGAUCUGUCAGAUUAUUCUAUUUACUUUGCGAAAGUGUUACAAAAAAGAUAAAAUUAAUCCAUUAUGUUUCCGUAAAACGAGUUAUUUGAUACGCAAGAUGUCAGGUGCAUCGAGUCACGAUGUCACCGUGAUGUAUAAAAGUUGCAUGUGACGCAAUGGCAUUGUUCAAAAAACUAUUUUCUAGAAAGAGAAAACUCGACGGCCACCGUGAAUCACGAGACUGGGGCAGGUCUUGCCAGAUAACACCGAAGCAAGUGCGUUUGCUUCUAUUCAAGGAAUGCGACUGGCGAGGGAGGAAACUCCUCUUUGAUUCUUCGACUAUAGAGAAAGUACCAGCGGGCAAAGAUGCCGACGCGAAGCAGACCAAUACGUUUCCGUGCGUCGUGGAAGUCGCAGAAGGAUUCGCUUACGUGUAUAAAGGUCCAGCGGCAGAUGCGAGCGUACUCGGUGAGAUGAUAUUCGGCGCAGUUGCAAUGAGCUGCAAAGGCGUAUUGAAGAUUCACAUCAUGGAUGAACCGAAAAGGUUAAUGUGUACGAAAGUGUUCUGCUUGCCAACAUCCCGUCGUAUAAGCAGAGUUGAUCGUAAAGUCGAGCCGAGCUCUUUUGAGCUCAGAGAGCGUUCCAAUCCUCUCAACGUGCCGCUGCAGAAAGAAGAGGUCUCGCUGAGCUUUUCCAUUGACAGGGGAGACUCGGGUUUUUACGGGGAUCAAACGCCGCACAGCAGCAUCGGAUCCACCUACGAUUAUUUCUCAAUGUUUGACGUUUGGGACGGCAGCAAUACUCAGGACGACAUGUUCUCUUUUCACACCCCAUCAGGUCGCAAGCUAAGCACGUCGAGCAACGGCAGUUGGCAGCGGCGUACGUUCAGAAACCUUUCGACGCGCUUCGACCUCGGCAACAGCUCGAACCUGCUGGCCGUGCCCAGCGGCUCUACUACCACCGACUCUCAGGUAUACAGCAGUAGCUCGACCAGCGGGACGAGCGACAGCCUGGCGAGUAGUUGUGCGGCGUUGAAGAAGAACAAGCUGGGGUUGGCACUGCUCAUCAGUGUCCCUGAUGCUGCUGAGAAAGACUUCAUCCGGCGAUGCGUGGAGAUGUCCCCUCAACUGCAGAGCAUGGUGUGUCGGCUGCGCCUGGCCACUAUGACGGCCGGCGCCGGCGGCAAGUUCGUCGCUACGUUGCAUCAGGCCGCUCAUGACGCAGCUGGAUGGCUAUCACAACUGCUGUCCGGGCCACGACUCCAACCAGCAUGGCUCCGCCUCGUAACCAGCGAGCCUCCGCGCUCGCACAAGCUCGCCGACUUGUUGCUCGCGGACCUGUGCGCAGUGCUGGCCCACGCCGACACGAAAGAUACCAACUUCUUCAUCAGCACGCUACUGACGCACGUGCUGACGUACCACCUGGGCUGGGUGGGCACGGUGAGCCCGUACGACGGCCCCGCGCCGCCGGUGCGCCGGCCGCACAACGCGCUGUGGGCGCAGCUCGCCGACCUGCACGGCGCCGUCGGCUUCCCCGUCCGCCAGGCCAAGACCAUCAUCAGCGGCGCCGAAACCGUCUUCGUCAACAAGCUCCUAGUCGUCCUUACAUACUUCGUCCGCUGCGGUGACGUCGUCCGCAAUGACUUCGAGUUUGAUGAUAGUGUUCUCAGGGAAAGUGAAACGGUGACGCUCAAAAGGACCGCGCCGGCCAAGUGCGAUAGUGUCAAAGUGGACGAUGCGACGCCCGCUCCGAGUCGCGGCUUCGGGCGGUCGACGACGCUCGCCAAUCUAAAUCGGCAGCUCUCUACUAGUGAAGAUUUCGAGGAACGUUGCAUGUCGAGCGAGAAGAGCACGAGCGGAAUCAGGAGGAACCCCACGAUGAUGCUCGCGGCCAAGUCUUCCUCUGACUCCAGUCUCGAUUCCACCGCGUCCGAGGAAGAAGUGGAAAGAAAGGUAGUUUUCGUUCUCGGCGACGAUGAGAAGCUAGUCGGCUUGAAGAACAAGUCGAACGGCGGAAAAAGCGUAAAAAGGUCCUCCAAAAUACAACACGAGCCGCUAAAUCUGAAGGCGAUAGAGAAAGCAGGUAACGAGGAAAAGAAAGGCUGCCACCAGAAACCCUGCGAGCAGAAAUUCUCCCGGAGCACCGACAGCCCGUCCAAAUGCUGCGCGCAAACACUUCAACAUUCCAAACCAAUAAAACAUUCCGGGUUUAAAUUCGAAUUCGAUAAAUACCCUCAAAUAGUCACUAAUUAUAUGAAAAGCAAGAACUUAGAAAUAUUAGAUAGGCAUUAUAUCGGGAAACCGGGAAAUCUGAAGCUGGACAAUUACCAGUUCGAUCCGACCAUCGUUCCGCCGAUACAAGAGGAGCGUUGCGAGGCGUGCUACAAGUGUCAGAUGAUGGAAUCCAUGCUGCAGACUCCCACGAACGCUUCCGAGUUGGAAUACAUGAACGACGUACCGCGGCAGUCCGAUCCUCAGUACGCGAAGGAGUACACAGUGAGCGAUAGUGUUCAAGUGUCUCCGAAGACGUUCGUUAGAAGAAAAAAGGAGGCGACUUUAGUAGUGAACGUUAAGCCUAGUGUGUCGGUGGAAGUGAGCAAGGUAGACGGGUGUGGGGGCGGGAGCGAGCGGGACAGAGGUGAGGUGCGGCAGGUGAUUGAGUUCUCGGUGCCGCGGCUGGUGCGGCGACCGGCGCUGGCGGCCGGCCUCGACGGCUCUCUACUCGGCGGGGUCACCAACCAUUAUGUACCUGAUUUAGUUUUACAAGGAACAAUAUCGAAACCUCAAACGUGGGAGAUGGACCUACGGCGCGAUCUGGAUUUGGCAUCGUACCUCAAUAAGGCUAGCGACGCGGGCGCUAUGCCGGUCGCUAUUGUCGGCGAUACUGACGCUUGGGAGGUGCGCUUGGUGGGCCGGUCGGUCGGCGGCGGCAUGUCGGCGCUGGUGGGCGGCAUGCUGGACGCGCUGCCCGCCAUGCGCCGCGCGCGCGUGCCCGCUUGCCAGUGCCUAUCAUAUCUAGAGGGUAAGCUGCGUGAGUUCUGCGUGCUGUCCAAGACGCUCGCCGACAUGCUCAUGUCGACGGACUUCUGUGACAUCGCCACCCUCACCAAGGCGCUCAACGUCGACGUCAACGACGUACCACUCCUACUCGCCAUCGCCACCACGCACACGCCGCAGGUCGCCGCCAGAUACGGCAUCAGUUAUAGGUAGCAAGCGAAAUAGGAAUGUGUCUCAUUACUAUAGAGCUCAAUUUUCAGUAAGCUGCUAUGUGGCCGAUGAUACAGGGUGGGAACGAGUAACCCGACAGAUUUUAACCACGCAUUCCUGCGGUAAUGAGCAAAAUAAUUUUUUUUUUCGUGUAUGUGUGUUUUCUGCACACGAACACAUUAUUUAUUGUUACAUCUUGGCGAGAAAACAAAAACAUUACAAUGAAUCUGUACUUCUUUAUAAAGAUAAUUAAAGAAAAUUUUUGCUAGUCUCCUUUAAAACUUUAAUGUCUAAACGAUGUCACAUAGUGGCAGCGUCGCAGUUAAAAAGGCGUUUUUCACUGAGUUAUUACGCAAAAAAAAAAAACACAAGAAUUGUCACUAUCUCUAAAACGAGACCGAUUUCAGAAAAGUUUGUAUGACAUUUUAGUCUCUAAAUGCGGCCAAGAAUACACAUUUAAAAUAUGUCGGGUUGCUCGUUCCCAUCCUGUAUAAAACUAAGUGCUGUGAUGAUAUAGAACUCGAUUUCGCUUGAUAUUUAAAUACUGUCUUGUCAUCAACAUAAUAUCAAAUAUGCUACAAGGCUGCCUAAAUAUUUAGUGUAAAAUUCAUUUAUUCAUCAUGAUUAAAAAGAGGUCUCACUAUUAAAAUUAUAAUGGACUUGUUUAAGACUGAAAUCACGUUUUAGCCGUCUUUGAGGUGACUUCCUGCGAUUUCGAAAAUUUAAAUUUGAUAUUUUUUGUAGGAAAUUAGAAUGAGUAUUAUACCCGCUCCACUCAGACGGUUAGUGGGGUAUUUGUGCGGUGGUUUUAUUUUUCUUGUAAAAACAGCUCUGGUUACUAAAUUAGUUUUAGUAUUUCAUAUUGACUUACUGGACAUAAAACAAACGGUCUGUACCCACGAAAACCUAGCUGUAAUUAAGCUUUAUUAACUUCUCAUAGAUCGUCUGAGUUAAGUGGUAGAGAUGGCAUGUUGGAUUAAAUACUAUUAAGACUGUUCUAUCAACUUGUGAAAUAAGAAAUAUUAAUCGAGGUGAAUGCGGUGGAUGGGAUCUGUGAUUAUUAAAGUUUAUUUUUGUAUAAUUACCAUAAAUGUUAUUGUAAUUAAAUCAUGGAAGGCCUAGAAAAAUAACUGUUUAGAUGGGUGCACUCGCAAUGUUGUUGAUAAAAACGUUAGCAACCCAAAUUAUACAAAUUAAUUUGUUAAAACACUUAAGAUCUCUUAUCAAUUAACUAUUUAACUUCAUCUACCCCUACAUCACAACGCUACCAGUAUCACAGUUAUAUUCGUGUAAAAAUUUAAGGUCUAAUAUAUUGUUAUCACUGAAAGUGUUACGAGAUAAUUCUAUAGAAACUAUAUGUACAGUAAUCAUAAAAAAAUAUAUUAUGUAUAAGUAUGCAAAACGUGUAGCUAAGCUUCAUGUUAGAAAAUUAUUUAUUACCAUUUUUAAAAUGCCUAGUCUUAAAAUAAAUUUAAGAUAUUAUCAGCUUUUAUAUGAAUAUAAAAUUUAAAAAUGUUAAACAUUUAAAUUUAAAAGUAUAUACAUGCAUCGUGUCACGUCAGGCUUAGUCAUGUUAUUUUGUUAAAUAGUUAAUGUUAUAAUUGUUAUAAAACAAGACGAACUGUAAAGUCAAGUUAGCAAUAUAAAUGUACUUUUAUUUGGUAAUAUUUUUUGUAUAACUAUGAAUAUGAUAGUUGGAUAUCAAGGUACUAAAGCAGAGACGCUUCCCAGAUAGAUUUUCGUACAUCGGCCCGCCUGUUGCUAUCUCUAUUGCACGCGCAUAAUUAUAUUGCUGUCAAACUCGCACAGUGACAUUGAUAUCAUGGGCGAGACAGCAAUAGACAUAGACAUCAUAGACAUAGAAAUAUAAUUAUACGCGUGCAAUAGAGAUAGCAACAGGCGGGCCGAUGUACGAAAAUCUAUCUAUAAAGCGUCUCUGCUUUAGUACCUUGAUAUCCAACUAUCAUAUUCAUAGUUAUACAAAAAAAUAUUUUACCAAAUAAAAGUACAUUUAUAUUGCUAACCUGACUACACUUCGUCUUGUUUGUACCGACUUGGUAGUGAUAGUGGAUUGCUAAAGGCGGGAUUUUACCAGCAUUUUUGAACUGAAUAUGCUUGUGCCGUACAGUGCCGAACACUGGUGGAGUCCCACCUUAACCCAUACUUGACGUAGCACUUUACCCUCCUGAGAUCCCGCGUACAACUUUUAAUCCCCUCGCGUCGAAUGAUGGCUCCUAUGACAGUUCAUUUUUAGGGUUCCGUACCCAAAGGGUAAAACGGGACCCUAUUACUAAGACUCCGCUGUCCGUCUGUCUGUCUAUCACCAGGCUGUAUCUCAUGAAUCGUGAUAGAGACCGUUGAAAUUUUCACAGAUGAUGUAUUUCUGUUGCCGCUAAAACAACAAAUACUAAAAAGUACGGAACCCUCGGUGGGCGAGUCCAAAUCUCACUUGGCCGGUUUUUAUAGAGUAGAUGUCACCUAAAUUUUUGUAGACAUUAUGUAGAAGUUUAGCACAUCAAUUUAUGUAGAGAUGUAACAUUUAAAUAAUAGAAACACGGUAAAAACAUAUUUCUUCAAUUCUUUUUCUAAUUAAGCCAGUCACGGAACUGUGACAAGGACCAUCAUUAGACGCGAAAAUAUACACCACAUUACCGCGUGCAUAUUGCACAAUCUGAACUUUUAUAGAGUAACUAAGUUCCAAAUUCAAAUACAAAACAACUGCUUGUGGGUCUCAGGAACUUGCAAAGUACAAAGCUGAAUGGCCAACUAAAAUAAUCAUAAACCCCCUUAUUCAUAAACGUCUACUAAAGUUGACAAGCCGCUAAUAAUCGUUUGUCCAUCAUACCAAUACGUCGGAAAGGGACAAACGAUAUUAGCGGCUUGUCAACUUUAGUAGGCGUUUAUGAAUAAGGGGGUAAAGGUUUUGACAUGAAAUUGCAGGUCUAUUUACUUUGUUUAACUUGCUAUUCCUGACUGUGUUUUAAGUACAUUUAUUUAUUUUAUUUUUCCGAGGUCAUUUUCGUAUCCAAAUGUAAUUACAAUUUUUUAUACCUUAAUAAAUUAUUUUUCUCAUGGUCA